GGAACAUAAGUUUGUUUUAUGAAGUUUACCCUAAUUUCUCUAUUCAUUUUUCCUCAAAAUGUUGCGUUAAAGACACCAAACUUGGUCCCAAGUAUUACAAGGAACCUAACUUGUGAAGCUUUCGAAGAGAUGUUUCUCUAUCUAUAUCACACACACACACACAAAAACUAUCUUUCUCUUUCAAUGGUAACUUCUGCUAACUAUUAAGGCAAGUUUCCAUAUUGUGCUCCUCUACUGAUAUCAAUCACUGCUACAAAUAUCUCAUAUUUCCACAAGUUUUUACACAUUUAGGUUCUCCUCAAACUUUAAAAAAAGUUAACCGAAUCUAUACUUUCACAAACCUACCCAUUUCUUUUUUUCGUGUGAUGUGAGAAUUUUGGGUGAUAGGAAGAUGAAGACUAUAAGUGGUUUAGGGAUAGGUUUGAGUUUGGUGUGUGGGUUUCUUCUAUUAGCACUUGUUGCAGAAGUCUAUUACCUUCUGAGAUGGAAGAAGAAGAUCAUAAGCCAAGAAAGUGAAGAAGAGAAAGAAGAAGAGAAACAUGUUGGGUACGGUAAAGAACUUAUCCAGCUCCUCUGCUUCAAACAGCCUCAAUCUUUACAUGCCAACAAUGGCGGAAGAGAAGAAGAAGUCUCGAGGAAUCAAGAUUUAGAGCUCGGGCUGAUGAAACACUUGGGUGGAGGAGAUUUAGGGUUUGAAGCAGAGCUCAUGAAGCUUCAUAACCAGAGGCUUCUCUUCACAAUCAUCGAAGAGACAAAAGCAGAUUUAGAAUCUGAUGAUGGAGAAUCAAGAUCAAGAACAAGGAGCUUGAGUGAUAUUCAGCUUGGAGUAAAUGACUGUAAUACCCCUGGUUCUACUCCAUUAGCUUCUCCUUUGGAGUGUUACUCAAGCCAUGGACUCAAUCCUCUGUUCGAAACAGAGGGUGAGCUUGAGUUUAACAAGUUUUUCAGGUCGGCUUCUUCUUCUUCUCCUCCGCCGAAAUUCAAGUUCUUGAGGGAUGCUGAAGAGAAGCUAAGGAGGAGAUUGAUGGAAGAAGCCAAAAUUAGAGAACAAAAAGUGGCUGUAACAGAGGGUUCGUUUAUGAAGUUUAUGAAUCCUUCUAUGAUGAACAGAGGGGAGAAACAGAGUAAUCAAGAAUCUUUGUCCCCUUCUUCAGGUACAAAUCUUGGAAUGUUAGACCAGAGAUCCACACUGGUUGUUUAAUAUUUUUAGAGUUCUGUUCAGUAAUUUUAACUUUAUCUUUUUUUUUUGUUGAAAUUUUUAUAAGAAUUUCAGUUUUAAUUAUGUGAAUUAUUUUUUCUUUAUAUCAUUCUUAUUUUUUGAGAAUGAUUUCUUCUGUAUGUAUCAAUCUGAAAAUUU